AUGGAGAAGGACGACGUGAAAGAUAAACAUGGUGAUGCUAUCCAUGAGGGAGACUACGUCUUCACCCGAAUUCGUGGUGGGUCUCAUCAAGGGGAGGUUGAAAAGAUUGUGAUCGAUGAACAAGAAGCCGAAGAGGAAGGUGUGAAAAAUCCCCCUAAGGUGGUGUUUCAUGAUCAGCGCGGCAAAAGAGUUGCGCAUAACCCAGGAACCUUGGAAAGGAUUAAUCAAUAG